AUUGCUUGGAGUCCUUGGACUGCGAACUAAGCUCGGACAACUUUGUCACCGCUCUAACACCAACCUGCCGCUCCAAAAUCGUAAUUAAAAACGUUCUCCGCUCACAGAGUCACGGUCCUCUCUCUCUCUCUCUCUCUCUCUCACACUAGAAAUAUUUUCUGGAAUUGUUUUCAUUGUUUUCGUAUCAGUUUUGGCUUGUAAACUGGUUUUGUUGGCGAAUCAGAUGAUGCCUUCCCCACGCUGAAACUGAAUCGAAGAUGAGAGGCGCUAUGGGUACCUUGCCCAGCCCUAUAGAAGCCAGACACAGAUCCUCUGCUUCAUUUGAUGACACGGACAAGAGAAGAUUGCAAAGAAACAAAGAUUUUAAUGACGUUGAGAAACCAUUCCACAGUCCCAGCCAGGAUAGAUAUUUGAACUGCAAGUUUUCUAGGUUGAAACUUGUCCUGGUUAUUAUUAUAUUGGGAACUUUUUUGACACUCCUCCACUCUCCAGCAGUUUAUAUUUCAGACAAUCCAUCCAGCUCCAGACCUCGGUCACGUUUUGUAGACCGAUGGGUUGUGGAAGGUCCUGCUGCAGCUCCACGUUAUGUGUCAUUAUUAGAAAUCAAUUGGGAGGAUAUUUCAAAAGUCAUUCAGAAACAGAUUGAAAGGAAUGAGUAUCAAGGAAUUGGACUGUUAAAUUUCAAUGACAAUGAAAUUGAUCAUUGGAAGCAACUGAUACCAGAUGCUGAGAAGAUUGUAUUGCACCUAGACCACGUCUCUGAUGAUAUCACUUGGGAAUCUCUGUACCCUGAAUGGAUAGAUGAGGAGGAAGAAUAUGAGGUUCCAAGAUGUCCUUCUCUACCAAGACUUAAGAUACCUGGAAAGCCCCGGAUUGAUCUUAUUGCUGUCAAGCUUCCAUGUAAUAAGUCAAUGAACUGGUCAAGAGAUGUGGCUCGCUUGCACUUGCAGCUUGCAGCAGCAAGCCUUGCUGCCACAUCUAAAGGGUUACAUCCAAUAUGCGUACUUUUGGUAACGGAGUGCUUCCCAAUCCCAAACUUAUUCACUUGCAAGGACCUUGUCACACAUGAAGGCCAUGCAUGGCUGUAUGAACCUCAACUGAGUACAUUAAGAGAGAAGCUGCAGCUUCCAGUUGGAUCAUGUGAACUUGCAGUUCCACUCAGAGCAAGUGGGGCCUCAUACUCUGGAAAUGCACCCCGAGAGGCAUAUGCUACAAUCCUGCACUCUGCACAUGUAUAUGUCUGUGGGGCCAUAGCUGCAGCUCAGAGUAUCCGCAUGGCAGGUUCGAUGCGGGAUCUUGUCAUACUCAUCGAUGAAACAAUCAGCGAAUAUCACAGAAGUGGUCUGGAGGCUGCUGGGUGGAAACUUCAUAAUAUCCAAAGAAUUAGGAAUCCAAAAGCUGAACGGGAUGCAUACAAUGAGUGGAACUACAGCAAAUUCCGUCUCUGGCAGUUGACAGAUUAUGACAAGAUUAUCUUCAUUGAUGCUGACUUGCUUAUUCUGAGGAAUAUUGAUUUCCUAUUUGAUAUGCCAGAAAUAUCUGCAAUUGGAAAUAAUGCCACUCUGUUUAAUUCAGGUGUGAUGGUGAUUGAACCUUCAAAUUGCACAUUCCAACUGCUGAUGGAUCACAUUAAUGAGAUUGAGUCCUAUAAUGGUGGAGACCAGGGGUAUCUGAAUGAAAUUUUCACAUGGUGGCAUCGGAUUCCAAAACACAUGAACUUCUUGAAACACUUCUGGAUUGGCGACGAAGAGGAGAAGAAAGAGAUGAAAACUCGUCUCUUUGGGGCCGAACCUCCAGUUCUUUACGUCCUGCACUAUCUGGGCUUGAAGCCAUGGUUAUGCUUCCGCGACUACGAUUGCAACUGGAAUGUGGACAUUCUGCAGGAAUUUGCCAGCAACAUUGCACAUAGAAGAUGGUGGAAGGUGCAUGAUGCAAUGCCCGAUAACUUGCAAAAGUUCUGCUUGCUUAGGUCAAAGCAAAAGGCUGCAUUGGAAUGGGAUCGGAGGCAAGCCGAGAAAGGAAAUUACACAGAUGGUCAUUGGAAGAUUAAGAUAAAAGACCCGCGAUUGAAGACAUGCUUUGAGGAUUUCUGCUUCUGGGAAAGCAUGUUAUGGCACUGGGGCGAAACAAAUUGGACAGACAAUGCAACGGUUGCCCCACCGCCACCUGCAAUUACUACAACAUCUCUCUCUUUGUAGACUGAUUUUUCGUACCAUAGUUGAAAUUCAGCCGUGGAUGACAUGGAGUUUACAUCUUUCUGGAGUCGACCAAUGCUGUAUGGAAAGGUGAAUCUUAUUCUUUUCCAAUUCAUUUUCGCCAGGAUAGUAAUCUACGACAGAAAUGCUUUGCUGCGACAACCAUGCAGUUGGAAAAGUAGAAAUGUCAUUGUAAAAAAUUAUGGGAUGGUUGGAUUGUGGAAGACAAUUUUCAUUCUUUAGUUUUAGCUUUUCAAAGAAUUAUAUAACUUUUAACUUUUGAUUUCUGAAAUUAGUAUAGAGAGAUAAAAAAUAAAGAAUUCGUUAAUAA